GUUGCUCAGGCUGGUCCUGACCUCCUGCCUCAGCCUCCCAAAAUUCUAGGAUUAGAGGCCUGAGCCACCACGCAAGCCUUUGGACAACAACUCAGUGACAUUGUCUCAGGCCCACCCUGGGGCCCCCGCUGAGAUCACUUAAGCCACUUUUGCAUGUGGGCCCCCAGAGAAUCCCCCCAAGUUCAGACUUCUAAUUUGUUUAGGAAAAGGAGGUUUGAGUUGGAUUUUUGGGUCAUUAUGCACAGCAGCUUCCCCCUUCUGGACUCCGGCUCCCUGGAUAAAGCUUUAACUGUCCCCAGCGGGGCUUGCCCUCCUGGGGGUCCGUGAGCCAGGUUUCCAGAGCCUUCCCUGCCACUCCAGCUCUCAUGCAAGACCCUGGCAACAAGGGACCGCCCAGACCCCCUCGAGGGCAGGCACUCCCGGGCAGACCUUAUGAAUGACUCCUUUAAACUCCAGCGCUCUCUCCUGAAAAGAUGAAUUCAUUCAGGGCCCUGUCAGUAAAUUUCCAGAGCCGAGUGGGGUGUCUGUCCUGCAGGUCACUCUGUGCCAUCGCAGGGGGUGGGAUGCAGCUGGGUUACCAAUGCUCUUGGCUGCCGGAGGUUUUCCGAGAGGAGAGCAAAAUAUUUGCUCUGUGUUUUCUCCUUCUUCGCCUUCCACUGUCUUUCCUUCACAAACAGGAAGUGAGGCAGAGCUGGGACGCCACUGGGGGACCCAGGGGAUGCUGGGCUCUGACACACCUGUGCCACCAUCACCCCAGAGUGCGGUGGCCUGUGGACAGUCCCCGCAGAAGGGAAGUGAGGGAGGGACGGUGUCUGGCUGGGUCACAGUCACAGCCCCCAGGCCUGCACAGGGGCACAUGUGCCCAGUGAAGCAGAGCGUGCAUAGAUUAGCUGAGAAACGCUAAUCGACGGCAGACCUUGCUGUGGCGUCUCAGCCUUCCUGCCUCGCCAGUUGCCUUCCUGCGACAGCCAGAGAACGACAGAUGCACCAAGACACUGGAGGCUGCUCCUGGCUGGGGUCUACCCUUCCUGAGACAACGCUGUUCUAACCGAUUCCAGCAGACUGGACACCCUGCCCCAAAGGACAGAUCUCUCAAGGUCCGGGUGGGGGUGAUGGGGGCCACAUUCUCAGGCAGCUGUGGGUCUUUGCUGUGGGAAGGAGGGGAAGGACCCCGGGGGGGCGCCCUAGGGCCGCCCCUUGGAACUGGCGAGGAGGAAGUGCACCCCUGCCUGCCGGCCACGUCUGCCAGAGGCUGAGUCACCCUGGGCUGUCCCUUCCUUACUCAUUUCACGGCUGGGCAGCGGCUGAGAAAAGGAUCCCCCCAAAGCGGAACUCCUCCAGCACGUGCAGUCACUUGUCAUUUAGACCAGGGGCCGGGGGCAAGGUCCUGCGCUCCACGCAGGUUCCAACGCUCAUUGGCACGAGGGUCUUCGGCCACAAACUGCUGUCCGAACCGCGGGAGAGCAAGUGAUGCCAGCCAGCUGUGCCCUGCCCCUCCCUCCCUGCCUGUCCCUCCCUGCUCCCUCCCUGCUAUGGGGGAGGCCGUAAGGAGAGGAGGGAGACCAGGGCUGGGCCUGACGUCCACGCUCUGGACUUCAGUGGAGCCCCGGCCUUUCUCAGCCACCCGGGACCAGGCGAACGCCACCUGUUGCAGGUUUCACGUCUGUGCCCGAGUUCCCUGCUGGCCGUCCUCCUCGGUCACCACCUGGCCGCGGAGCUUUCAUCUCCAGCGCCCCAGCAGCCGUGGGGCCUUGCAGCCGCCUCCCCAGCAGAUGUGCACCACGGCCAUCGUGGCUAGAGGCUCUGCGGGCCGUGCUGGUCUAGAAGCUUCCUCACUGCACACCAGCUGGCCAGGCCACCUCCUCCCGGGGCUGUGUCGUCCAGACAGUGUUGCCGGCCAGGAUCCCGCCAGCUCCCCCCGGAAUACACAGUCCUUCAUUCCUGACCCCCGCGUGGGAGCCCCCCUGCGGCUGACACUGGGGACCAACGCUGGGCGAGGCUCACACACCCUGCAGCGGAGACGCCGCUGCUCACAAAUGAAGAGACUGAGGUUCAGAGUGAUGACCUGCCGGGUCUGCCAACUACCGACAGAGCUGAGCCUCGGCUUGUAUUUCUGGCCACGGGGCUGGUGUCCCUGCCCGUCCCGGUUCCUGACGCUUCUGAGGCUGUCUGGACUUGGUGACGGUCACCCCCCUAUCACCACCCUGCACCUCCAUGCCAGAAUCAGGUGUGGAAGCAGCUCAAGGAGGGAAAGUGACUUGUCCAAAGUCACACGGCUCGCAAGUGACCCACAGCACCGGCGUUUGCAUGCACGAGUCUCAUGGGCCGAUGCUUUCCAUCCCUGCCCUGCCUCUAUGGCUUAGUGACAAGGGUGUUACCGCCUCAGGGGCGACUGUCACAAGCUGCCUGAUGGAACUCGAACAAUUCCGGCGCCUUCCGCGGCCCUCUCUGACCAUGUUUCCUGACUCUGAAGGGCUCCGCCCAAAGCCACAGAGGAAGUCGGGGCACAAAUCUGGGGCUCUCUCGGCUCGGGCCACCCUGAUUUGCAGGAGCUGUUCUGCGUCUCACAUCUGCUAGAGUGUCGCGUGUGCAUGCCCCACCAUGGCCCGUGGCGUGUCCCCUCCGCCAAGAGACGGUUUUUCUGGGUGAGACUGAGGUCCCUGUCCACCCUGGCCUGGAAGGUGGGGGUCCUUCCAUCAUCUCAGCCCUGCGUUGCCUCUCUCUGCUCAGGUCACGCUGUCACAGACGGCAGGGACAGUGAGAAUGUUCUUCCGAGACAAAUGAAGUCAGCUGGACUCAGCGCCUGCCAGCCGGGCACUCACCCCGCUGAUGGAAUAGAUCGGGGAGCCUCUAAUCCUGAGAGUGCCAGCAUUUUCUCAUUAUGUUCCAGAACCUUCCUCAUGCCUUUGGCCGCCUCUUCAGAGAAGUCAAAGUUCAGGGCGGUGCUCAGAGACGCUUCAGAAAACUGAACUUUGUGCACAGCAUGAAGGGAGGGCAUCAAAUGAAACAUGGGACGUGCCAGUCAGAGGAAAGGGGCCGAGGGCUCGGGCUCUGGAUUCCAAUAACCCGGUUGGAAUCCUGGCUCUGCCACUUACGACCCAGGUCCCGGGACCCUGGCACGGUUCUAAACCUCUUGACGCCUCAGCGUCCUCGUCUGUGGGCCGAGGAUGGCGCUGUGCCCACCCCAGAGGCCUGUUCCGAGGGCUGAACGAGACGACACGUAAACACGCCCUGGGAAGCGCUCCGUGGGGCCGGCCUGUUACUGUUACUGCUGGCGAGGUUGAUGAUAAUCGCCAGAGACGGGACAUCCGGGUCUGAGGCUGAGUUCAGCCCGCUGGAAAGAACCGAGUGAUAACCCCCUCAGAGGUUCAUCUUCUCAGGGGACAAUGGGGACAGCACCUGCCCUUGCUCCUACCUGCCCGGCUGCGGGGAGGAUCUGACGCGUGGGUCACACCGGCUGUCUCCUCCCUGGGCCCCUGCCCAGCCCUGGGACCCCACUGUGACUUCAGCCACUUCCCGCCCCAGAGCCACGCCCUGGCCGGGGCUGUGAAAUCCGCUCUCCAAAGGAGCGGUGGGUCCCACCCAGCUCAGUCCCCUGCCCGCCUCCGCGGUCCUGCAUCCUCAGGGGCCUGUUGCACUAUCCCCCCUUUGCCUUUAGUCCCCUGCUCUCUGGUGACUCGACACAGGACAUGCUCAAGCUGCUCUUGUCUGGAGAAACAGCCUCUGGAAGCCCAGGUCCCCUUUCUCUGUCUGUCUGUCUGUCUGUCUCUCCACAGGCACCUUGUUAAAUGAGUCGACCACGUUCUCCACUUCCAGUUCUCUUGCUUUGGAGUCUGCAGCAAUCUGGCCUCUAGUCUCACCUGUCACUGGAAUUGCUCCGCUAAAGCCCCCAACGACUUGCUAACGUCCAAAUCCCGCGGAAACGGUUUUCUUUCCCUUGCGUGCCGCCGGCAGUGUUUGAGAAGGCAGGAUGGAGGGCAGGACAGCCACGAGGGAGGGGCUCUAAACACGCACGGGCUGGACACAGUCCUGGCUCCAACCCGGACAUCUGUUUGCCACUGGCAAAUAUUUAACCUUCCCAAGGCUCAAUGGCUUCAGCUGAUGAACGGAGACAAUAAAAGCCACACUCCUCUCUCUUGUGCGGUGCACGGGCUGCCUGUCCUAAGCGGUGGCCCCGAAACGGCCCCAGAUCCCUGUUUCUUCAUCUGAAAGUCCUACAGACCUAUCCACCUGUCGGGGACCUGUCCGUCUCGCUUUGCUGAUCUCUGAAUCUUCAGAAGCAGAAACUGUAUGCACUGUGCCUGGCACACAGUAGGUAUUCAAUGAAUGCAUGCAAGGAUAGGCGAAUGAGCGUGUGAAUUCACUGCACAAACUGUAAAGUGCUACACAAAUGCCAGGCGAACACA